CAAGCAGCAGGGAUGCUGGCGCUCCUUCAGCUUGUAAACACCCAGCCCACCGUGGUCACUGGAUGGGGACAAAGGUCCAGAGAGGUGGCCCUGUCACGGCCAGGCACUAUUGACUCUCCCCCUCGGACGCCAAACCUAGCAUGGCCUUUGGCUUCCCGGGACACGGCUUCCCCGCUGUUGUCUGCCAGUGUCCUCUGAGCCCCUCCUGGGCACCAGGCAGGACCUCCACAGAGACAUGGAGCGAGGAGAUAGGCGUUAGCCCAGCCCCCACGGUGUGACCAUUGGCACGGCCAGGCCAGCAUGGUGGACCACUUGGUUCCAGUAGAUGAGACCUUCUCGUCUCCAAAAUGCCCCGUGGGUUACCUGGGUGAGAGGCUGGCCGGCCGGCGGGGGUACCACGUGCUGCCCUCGCCUGUCUCUGAAGAUGACAGCGAUGCCUCCAGCCCCUGCUCCUGUGCCAGCCCCGAUUUGCACGCCCGCUGCUCCUGCUACAGAGGAAGGCCGGGCACCAAGGGCCAGGACAGCAUCUUGGACUUCCUGCUGUCCCACGCCACACUGGGCAGUGGCGGUGGCGGCGGGAGCAUUGGGGACAGCAGUAGCCCCGUGACGUGGGGGCCCUGGCGGAGAGCUCCAGUGCCCACGAAGGGGGAACAUAUCUGUUUCUCUGACUUCCCCCUGGGUGACCCUGAUGACGUCCCCCGGCCCUUCCAGCCCACCCUGGAGGAGAUCGAGGAGUUCCUGGAGGAGAACAUGGAGCCAAAGGCCAGGGAGGCCCCGGAGAGCAGCAAAGACUACGAAGCCUGUGGCCAAGAGCUGGCUGGGCCCCACAGGAGCCACCUACACCCAGGGUCUGCAGGGAGAGAACGCGGUACCCCUCCCCCAGAUGGCACCGGUGUGGGCGGUGCCCAGGGCUCAGGGGAGGGGCCGGCACCCGAUGGUCCCAUCCCGGUACUGCUGCAGAUCCAGCCAGUAGCUGUGAAGCAGGAGGCCGGCGCAGACCCCGCUUCCCCCGGGCAGGCCCCCGAGAACGUCAAGGUGGCCCAGCUCCUGGUCAACAUCCAGGGGCAGACCUUCGCGCUUGUGCCCCAGGUGGUGCCCUCCUCCAACUUGAGCCUGCCCUCGAAGUUCGUGCGCAUCGCUCCGGUGCCCAUCGCCGCCAAACCCAUUGGGUCGGGACCCCUGGGACCCAGCCCCGCCGGCCUCCUCGUGGGCCAGAAGUUCACCAAGAACCCAGCAGCAGAACUCAUCAAAAUGCACAAAUGUACUUUCCCCGGCUGCAGCAAGAUGUACACGAAAAGCAGCCAUCUGAAGGCUCACCUGCGGCGGCACACCGGCGAGAAGCCUUUUGCCUGCACCUGGCCGGGCUGCGGCUGGAGGUUCUCUCGCUCCGACGAGCUGUCGCGGCACCGGCGCUCGCACUCCGGCGUGAAGCCGUAUCAGUGCCCUGUGUGCGAGAAGAAGUUCGCGCGGAGCGACCACCUGUCCAAGCACGUGAAGGUGCACCGCUUCCCGCGCAGCAGCCGCGCCGUGCGCACCCUCAACUGAGCUGCCCGCCGCCUCCUGCGGCCCUCCUUUUUAAGCAAUAAUUUAUUUGCCUCUUCCAGAGGGAUGCGACAAUGUUACCAGCUCACCUUCUGCUACCCAGGAGGUGCCACCCAGAGCCCAGAGCUGCCUUUCCCGGGAGGCCCCGGGGCUGCCCCACCCUCGGGCUGGGCCCCCAGUGGGCCUUUGCCAUUGUGCCUUGCUGGCCGCCAGGCCUCCAUGCAGCCACCAGCUGGAAGCAGGAGCUGAGUCUUGCCCUUCUCCCACUGGGCUCCCAGCCUGGGCCAAAGCCAACGCUUUAUUGCUGGUGAAGAAGAAAUGCGCAGUUUUGAAACACUCAGUUCCCAGAGGGGGCCGUACUGGGAAGAGGGAAGUAGGGUGAAGGUCCAGGGCUGCACUGUGGUGUGGCCGCUGUGUGCAAAAGCCUGCUCCGCCAUCAGGCAGAGGUGUGGCAGGGCCACGCAGGGUGGGAGGAGCUGCUGCAGGCUGCCGUGGGGCGGGGUGAGCAGCGCCCCCCUGGGCCUGCAGUGCUUGAGUUUAAGGUGCAGGACAUCGAGCCCUAGGUGCCACCCUGGCCAGCAGUCCUGCUCCUUCCUCCAUCUCCCAGAUAGGCCCAGGCCCCGGCCCUGGCCACUGAGGGAGGGGCAGCCCGGCCGCGGAAGGACCAGCCGGAGCCUCCAGCCCUGACUUGACUUAGAAAUGCAUUCCUCCUCAUGUCUAGAAAUUACUAUCGAGUGAUCUAGCUUGUUUGACAGGUCUAUCUCACACCCUGUGAAUGUAUGUAAAUAAACUGUACAUAGGUCCACCUCCGCAUAAAGCUAUCUUUUAAUAACAUGUUGACAUUUGUGUACAUUUGAAAUUUUAAAAAUCUAUAAAGCAGUGUACAUAUGUUAUAAUUAUGUAUAUUUUCUUUGGUCCUUCAGAAGAAUAUAUUUACUUUGCCAAUAAAAAAGA